AUGGCUUCUGAAAUUGAUAAGAGAGUUUUGCCUUUUGAUUCUUUUUAUCUAGUAUAUAAAGGAUUAUCUUGGACCGGUUUUUUGAAACCAGAUAAAUCACAAAGUCGAUUUAAGUCAUUUCUAAACUAUGUACAUCAAUUACUGGCAUUUUGUAUGAUUCUGUUGGUCAAUAUUGGUUAUUCUCAUUUCAUACUCACUUGUAACAACAAAGAUGCUAUGUUUGAAACAAUUAUAUUACUAAUUCCGCACAUGAAUGUCGUAUUUAAGUAUUUUACUUUACUUUUGCAAACCACUAAGUUGCUUAAACUAAACGAAGUCAUUAACGGACCAUAUUUUUGCGCAAAAAAUGAAAAGGAUCAAAAGUUUUUAAAUGAAAAUAAUAAGGAAAUGUAUAGACUAACUAUGUUCAUGUACGUUAGCGUGGCCUUAGGCGGUUGUGUUUGGAUACUUUCUUAUGUCAUGAAGAGGAUACAAGAUGAAGAUAAUAUCUUAGUCUUGUAUUUGCCAAUCGAUACUAAAUCUUGGUCGAGAUUUAUCUUUGCAGUGGUCCUAGAAACGCACCUCACUUUAGUCGUCGCAUACGGCCAUGUAAGCUUUGAUUCUGUUGUAGCAGUUUAUUAUGCACAAGCAAUGGUGCAAUUGAAAAUAUUAAAAUACAACAUAGAACACAUGUUCGAUGCCAUUGAUAAGGAAAAUGAGAGCUUCAAAUAUCAAGCUUUGUAUAGAGAUAUCAAAAAUACUGCUCUUAAAGAGCGUUUCGUAUAUUACGUUAAAAAAUAUGAUCAAAUUGUUUGGUUUACAAGAAAAGUAAAUUCCGUGUUUAACAUCGCAUUGUCAAUCCAAUUUGUCUCAAUGACUGGAUGUUGUUGCUUUCUCAUAUAUGUUAUGAGCAUAGUAUACAGACUCUCAGUACCGUUCAUAUUUAUACUGAUUUUAAUUAUCAUGUACCAGGUGCAACUAUUUUUGUAUUGUUAUUACGGAAGUCUGGUUGAGUUCGAGAGCCAGUCGGUAUGUUCGUCUGUGUAUUUGAGCGAUUGGAUAUCGGUGUCGCCUCCGUUCCGUAACAGUUUGCUCAUCGCCAUGAUACGCUGGACAGAACCUAUAGAAACUCGGGUGUCUGUUGUUGUGCCUUUAUCCUUGAGUACUAUGAUUACGAUUAUUCGUUCUUCAUAUACGUUAUUCGCAGUUUUGUCAGAAACAAAUGAAAAAUGCGACGACAAAGAUGCAAUAUUUGAAACAAUAUCAUUAGAAAUUGCUCAAUUAAAUUUGCUAGUGAAAUUUUUGAUGGCCGCAUUUCAAUCUGAUAAGUUAUCAAAGCUGAACAACGUUGUUGAUGCAUUUCUAGAAACGCAUAUCAUUUUAUGUUUAACAUAUGGCCAUAUAAGCUAUGAUAGUAUUAUAGGACUCUAUUACGCACAAGCAAUGGUGCAACUGAAAAUAAUGAAGUACAACGUGGAACGUCUUUUUGACGAGUUUGUUAAAGACAAUGAAAAUACAACCAGACUUCAAGGCAAAUAUAUAGAUAUCAAUAACGCUCAAUUGAAAGAGAAUUUUAUAUUUUAUGUGAAAAAAUAUGAAGAAAUUAUACCUAACAGAUUCUCAAUACCAUUCAUAUACCUAAUGACUUUAACUAGCUUAUUUCAAGUUCAACUGUUUUUGUAUUGCUAUUACGGAAGUCUAGUUGAAUAUGAGAGCCAGUCGGUGUGUACAUCUUUAUAUAUGAGCAAUUGGUUAUCGGUGUCGCCUUCGUUCCGUCGCAGUUUGCUCAUCGCCAUGACACGUUGGACAGUACCCAUAGAAACUCGGGUGUCUGUUGUGGUACCUUUAUCUCUAAAUACGUUGAUUACGAUUAUUCGUUCUUCGUAUACACUUUACACCUUGUUGACAGAAACCAACGAUAACGCAUAA